UACAUCCAUUUCUGCGACGAGUAAUUUGGAACGAAGGAAGUACUACCAAAAAGUGCUACGAGAGGCCGCGAACCACAACACAACCAUGUUUCUCAACCUUCGUGUCAUGCUCGUCUCCGUGCUCUGCCUUUCAAUCGGAACCAGCUUGGGCUCGGGCGUUUCAUCUCCGGACGCUCUGAACGAUGGCCGCCGCAAUAUCACCGGCGACCAGACGCUCGUCUCGGUUGAUGGCUCCUUCACACUGGGGUUCUUCUCCCCGGGCGCGCCAAGCCGAUGGUACCUCGGGAUAUGGUUCUCCGCGUCCACGGACGCCGUGGUCUGGGUGGCCAACCGCGACAACCCGCUCAACGACACCGCCGGCGUGCUGGUGAUCGACGGCGCGGGCAUCCUUCACCUUCUCGAUGGCUCCAGUCGGGCCGCGUGGUCCUCCAACACGACGGACGGCGACACUCCUUCCGCGGCGGUGGCGCAGCUGCUUGAGUCCGGCAACCUGGUGGUGCGCGACGAGAGCAGCGGCACCGUCCUCUGGCAGUCGUUCGACCACCCGACCAACACCCUGAUCGCGGGCAUGAGGCUCGGCAGGAACCCGCAGACCGGCGUCGAGUGGUCCCUCACGUCGUGGCGGUCCCCGGACGACCCGGCGACGGGCGAUUGCCGUCGCGCCAUGGACACCAGGGGGCUCCCGGACUGCGUGUCGUGGCGCGGCGGCGCCAAGAAGUACCGCACGGGGCCGUGGAACGGGCUGUGGUUCAGUGGCAUCCCGGAGAUGGCGUCCUACUCCAACAUGUUCACCAACCAGAUGGUGGUCCGGCCCGACGAGGUGGCCUACGUGUUCAACGCCACGGCGGGCGCGCCCUUCUCGCGGCUCGUGCUGAGCGAGUCCGGCGUGAUCCAGCGGCUGGUGUGGGACGCCGAUAGCCGGGUGUGGAACGUGUUCGCGCGGGCGCCGAUGGACGUGUGCGAUGACUACGCCAAGUGCGGCGCCUUCGGGCUGUGCAACGUGAACACGGCGUCCACGCUCUUCUGCGGCUGCGUGGUGGGGUUCGUCCCAGUGUCCCCCGCGCAGUGGUCCAUGAGGGAGGCGUCGGCCGGGUGCCGGAGGAACGCGCCGCUGGAGUGCCGCGGCAGGGGCGCCACCACGGACGGGUUCGCGGUGGUGUCCGGCGUGAAGCUCCCCGACACGGACAACGCGACGGUGGACGCCGGCGCGACGCUGGAGGAGUGCAGGGCGAGGUGCCUGGCCAACUGCUCGUGCGUGGCCUUCGCCGCCGCGGACAUCAGAGGAGGUGGUGGAGGCAGCGGUUGCGUCAUCUGGGUUGGUGACAUCGUCGAUGUCCGGUAUGUCGACAAAGGGCAGGAGCUCUACGUGAGGCUGGCAAAGUCUGAACUAGCAGGUACGUACGUGCAGCUGCAGUGCAACUAUGCCAAUUUGUAUAGGUCCCAACAACAAUUAACAAUUGGUCAAAUAUCGUCAUACAUCAUAUAUGUGACUGUUAAUGCAGUAAUUUUCUUCGUGAAAUUUAUUUGUGCAGCUAAUAAAAAGAGGGGGAGUUUGCUAAAGAUUUUACUGCCUGUUGCGGCAUGUCUGCUUGUACUGAUGUGCAUGUUCCUUGUUUGGAUAUGCAAGUUCAGAGGCAUGCGCCGUAAAAAGGAUAUCCAGGCAAAGACUAUUCUGGGUGAUGAAAAUAUAGAGCUUCCAUUUGUUAGCUUCAGAGACAUUGUUACCGCAACAAACGAUUUCUCUAAGGAGAACAUGCUCGGACAAGGAGGCUUUGGGAAGGUUUACAAGGGAAUGCUAGAAGAUGAUACAGAAGUUGCUAUCAAAAGGCUCAGUAAGAGUUCUGGACAAGGAGCAGAAGAAUUCAGAAAUGAAGUUGUUCUAAUUGCCAAGUUGCAGCAUAGAAACCUUGUUAGACUUCUUGGUUAUUGCAUUCAUGGAGAUGAAAGGCUUCUGAUUUACGAAUACUUACCAAACAAAAGCUUGGAUAUCUUCACUUUUGAUGAUGCAAGUAAGUAUGUUCUUGACUGGCCAACAAGGUCUCAAAUAAUCAAAGGAGUAGCCAGAGGACUUCUUUAUCUCCACCAAGAUUCAAGGUUGACUAUAAUUCAUAGAGAUCUCAAAUCAAGCAACAUCUUGUUAGAUGUGGAUAUGAGCCCAAAGAUAUCUGAUUUUGGUAUGGCAAGAAUCUUUGGUCGCAACCAACAAGAAGCAAACACUAACCGAGUUGUUGGGACUUACGGUUACAUGUCUCCUGAAUAUGCAAUGGACGGCGCCUUCUCUGUCAAGUCCGGUACCUAUAGCUUUGGUGUACUACUCUUGGAGAUCAUAAGUGGUCUGAAGAUUAGCUUACUGUGACGCCCCCGAUUCAAUCGUACACUAAUCAUGCACGCAAAUGUGUACGAUCAAGAUCAGGGACUCACGGGAAGAUAUCACAACACAACUCUACAAAUAAAAUAAGUCAUACAAGC